ACGGUUUCUUGGAGCUUCCAACGUUUUUUAAAUCAUGAAACAUCUAUUGCUGCUACUAUUAUGUGCUAUUAUAGUUCAGUCCCAAGAUAUCACUGACUAUGAUCAUGAGGUUGAUGUUGGGGCUCGUGGUCACCGACCCCUUGACAAGAGGAGGGAAGAGGCUCCCAGCCUGAGACCUGCCCCACCUCCCAUCAGUAAAGGUGGCUAUGGGGCUCGUCCAGCCAAAAUAAUUCAAAGCCAAAAGAAGUUGGAAAGAAAAGCCCCUGAUGCUGGGGGCUGUCUUCAUGCUGACCCAGACCUGGGAGUGCUGUGUCCUACAGGCUGUCAGUUGCAAGAAGCUUUGGUGCAACAGGAAAGACCAGUCAGAAACAGUCUAAAUGAGUUAAGUAAUAAUGUGGAGUCCAUUUCCCAGACCUCUUCUACCAUCUUUCGGCAUGUGACUUUGCUAAAAGACAUGUGGAAAAAACAGCAGAAGCAAGCAAAAGAUAAUGAGAAUGUAAUAAGUGAGUACACAUCAGACCUGGAAAAUCGCCGAUUAUUUAUAGAUGAGUCCUUGAAUAGCAAUAUCCCGACUAACCUUCGUGUGCUCCGUUCAAUCCUGGAAAACUUGAGAAGCAAAAUACAAAAGUUAGAAUCGGAUGUGUCCGCUCAGAUGGAAUACUGCCGCACCCCUUGUACUGUCAGUUGCAAUAUUCCUGUGGUGUCUGGCAAAGAAUGUGAAGACAUUGUCAGGCACGGAGGUGAAACAUCUGAGCUGUAUCUCAUCCAUCCUUCCAACACUGUCAAACCGUACAGAGUAUACUGUGAUAUGAACACAGACGGUGGAGGAUGGACAGUAAUUCAGAAUCGUCAAGAUGGUAGUGUUGACUUUGGCAGGCAAUGGAAUCCAUAUAAACGAGGAUUUGGUAAUAUUGCAACCAGUGAAGAUGGGAAGAAAUACUGUGGCCUACCAGGUGAGUAUUGGCUUGGAAAUGAUAAAAUUACCCAGCUUACUCAGAUGGGACCCACAGAACUUCUGGUCGAAAUGGAGGACUGGAAAGGAGAUAAAGUAAAUGCUCGCUAUGGAGGAUUCACUAUACAGAGCGAGGCAAAUAAGUACCAAAUCUCAGUGAACAAGUAUAAGGGAACAGCUGGCAACGCCCUCAUGGAAGGAGCUUCUCAACUGGUGGGAGAAAACCGAACCAUGACCAUUCACAACGGCAUGUUCUUCAGCACGUAUGACAGAGACAAUGACGGCUGGUUAAAUGAAGACCCCCAAAAACAGUGCUCUAAAGAGGAUGGUGGUGGAUGGUGGUAUAAUAGAUGUCAUGCAGCCAAUCCAAAUGGCAGAUACUACUGGGGUGGCCAUUACAGCUGGGACAUGUCGAAGCAUGGCACAGAUGAUGGAGUGGUCUGGAUGAACUGGAAGGGGUCCUGGUAUUCAAUGAAGAAGAUGUCUAUGAAGAUCAGGCCCUACUUCCCACAACAAUAGUCCCCCAGACAUAGAUUUUUAUUCUUCCAUGUGUAACAACAUUUUUGUAUAUUAUGCCAUUGGAAUUUUCUUUCAUACAUUAUAUCCCCUCUAAAAGUGUC